CUAAUAUUAAGAUAACAUUCAUUGGAUCAGACUUGCCCAGCUGAGGGUUUUCUUACAGGCCUUUAAUCAGGCUGUAACUGAAACGGCAAUUUCUGUUGAUGGAAAAACAGCGCAGAUAAAAUGAAAUGAAGUGUGGUUCCCAAAGGAACACAGUGGCGAGAGACAGUGUUGGUCUCUCUGCUGCCGCCUGUCGGUGUGUCUGAGCAGUGCACUCUGAUUGGAGGAAUAGAGCUGCGCUGUGAUUGGUCCUCCUUCACUCUCUCUUAGGUUUUCUGCUCCGCGAGCGUGUGCGUGACGUGCAGCAGGGACCUGUCCUGCACUGUCCACCACUCUUUCAGAAAACCUCAAAUUAUAUUCUCAAACAAGACUUGUUUUCUGCUCUUAAAAUCAUUUAUUUUUACGGUCUACAAAAUGACUAUAAGGUCGGACCGAGACCAUGGACAACGUUAUCGGCCACGGAUGUCCUGCCUUAAAAAGUUGGAGGCCACAGUGGUUCAGAUGCAGGACCCUUCAACUGGAGUGAAGGGAACAGAUCAGAAGCUAAACGUUACAGUCAUUCCCCAUGUCAUCACUGGUCAGGAUAUUGUUGCAUGGAUCACCAAAAAUAUGAACGUCGACAAUGAUGAGGCUCAAGCAUUUGGCACAAUGCUAGUGGCAUACGGGUACAUCUACCCUCUGCAGGACCACAAAAAGCUUGUCCUCAGACCAGAUGGCAGUUUGUACCGCUUUCAGACCCCCUAUUUUUGGCCUGUGCAGAAAUGGAAUGCUGAGGACACUGAUUAUGCAAUCUAUCUGGCAAAGAGAAACAUUCGAAAAAAGGGAGUGCUUGAUGCUUAUGAGCAGGAGGAAUACAACAGGCUUCACAAAUGGAUGAACCACAAAUGGGAUUUUAUUGUGAUGCAAGCGAAAGAGCAGUACCAUGCUGGGAAGGCGCGUCAGAAGGCAGACAGGGUUGUGUUUGACUGUCAGGAAAGAGCCUACUGGAUUGUCCACAGGCCUCCAGCUCAAACUCACAGCGCUAUGGAUUACGGCCUGGAUCGUCAUAUUGACCCUAAUGCGGAGGAGAAAAAAACCUAUGAUUACUACAGAAGAAUUAUCAUCUACACACAACAGGCCGUCAUGAGGUCAAGGGUCAAGUCUUCAGUGUCUCUUGGAGCCCUGGCCAAGUAUAUAACAACAUUUAAGAACCACGACCCAUUCCUCGUUCCCUGCCUCCCCAGCAAUCCCUGGCAAACCGAUGACGACUCUUACUGGGAGUUGAAUGCGCCAGAUGUUGAAAUUCCCACAAAGAUGAGAGUGGAGCGCUGGUCCUUUAGCUUCUACGAGUUACUUAAUGACCCACGGGGUCGUGCAGACUUCAAGAUUUUCCUAAAGAAAGAAUUCAGCGGCGAGAAUCUAGCUUUCUGGGAAGCCGCUGAGGAGCUGAAAUGGGGCACGGCAGCUUCUAUGUCCGAGAAAGCAGAGCAAAUUUUCAAAACCUUUUUGGCCCCAGGAGCACCACGCUGGAUCAACAUUGAUGGCAGGACAAUGGGUCUUACAGUAAAGGGACUGGAACAUCCUCAUCGAUACGUACUAGACGCUGCCCAAACUCACAUCUUCAUGCUGAUGAAAAAGGAUACCUUUUAUCGCUACCUGAAAUCACCAGUUUACAAGGAAAUGCAGAAAAAGGCCAUUUCACCAGCACCACACAAUUUCACUGAGGCCCAGCUGCAGGAGAACAUGAGGAACCGCAGACCGAGCAUCGACCCCAUCAUCACCUGGCAGAAGGAGCAGGAAGAGAAAGCAAAGGCAGCAGCCGCAGCUGGACCCAUAGACAUCAAAAAACUGAUGGCCAGCAAACUAGAUCGUAAAUAGAAAGUCGGAGACAGAGAUGCAUGCUGAAAAUGCUUUACCUAACAAGCCAUGUACAUACGACUGCCGAACAGUUAGUUUCUAUAAUUUUUUGUAGUUUGCUAAAUACUGCAUUUUCAGAUCACACUCAUUUCCAUGCAGUGAUUCCCUUCAAUCACUGUUUAUCUGAAUAGCAGUUUCUCAUUAUAGUGUGAAGAUGUUUUGUAUGUGUGCCGUAGUCAUGGUGAAUACCUGUAUGUCUUUAAGUGUAAAACAAUAAAGACAGCAUCUUCAGUGUGAUAUGACGGAUGUAAUAAUGCC